UUGAUUCAAUUGGGUUUUGGUACUUUUCUAGUUGUGCACUUCGUUCAACUCGACUCAAAUAAAAAAAGUAUAAGCAAAAAAGCUAGGGUUUGAAAAACUAAUUGCUGAUUUCGCCGGAGAUAAUUGGGGAUUUCGCCGGAUUCCCGUCGCCUCCGGUGAGUUCUCUUGCUUUAGCCUUUAUUUUUCCGAUUAUCUGUAAAAUGGAAGAACUGAAGCACAAAUCGAACGAAUCGAAGAAGCGUAAUCGCGAUAAUAAAGAGGAUAAUCGAGAUCGUCAUUAUCGUUCUUCAUCUGAUAAGAAGGAUCGAGAUAGAGAUAAAAGUAGCCGUUACGACAGAGAAAAAAGUACCGAUAGAGAGAAAAGUAGUCGAUUUGAAAGAGAAAAAAGUAGCAGUCGUUAUGAAAGAGAGAAAAGUAGCGAUAGAGAGAAAAGCAGUCGAUUUGAAAGAGAGAAAAGUAUUGAUAGAGAUAGGGGAAAGCAUAAGGAUAGGCAUAGUAGGGGAGAUAAGGAGAAAGAGAAGAGCGGCAAAGUUCGUGAUGAUGAUGAAAGGCCUAGAGAGAAAGUAAAAGAACGUGAAAAAGAGCGAGAAAAGGAUAGGGAAAGAGAGAAAAUUAGGGUUCAUGAUGAUGAUGAUGAUGAAAGACCUAGUAGAGAGAAAGUAAAAGAGCGAGAAAAGGAUAAGGAAGAUCGCGAAGAAAGAGCGAGGGAAAAAGAAAGGGAAAGGGAAAAAGAACGGGAAAGGGAGAAGGAGAGGAAAAGAGAUAGAGAGAGGAGAGAAAGAGAGAGAGAAAAGGAGAAGGAGCGGAUUCGGGAAAAGGAUAGACAUAAGGGGAGUGACGAUGAGGUUGAUGCGAAGGAUCGAGAAAGAAAGAGGCGAAAGAGGGAUAAUGAUGAUCAUCAUAAGGAGAGGGAGAGGGAAAAGGAAAGGAAAAGAAUUGAUGAAGUAUUAGUAGAAAAGAAUGACAAGAGUAGAGAAGAGGAUUUAGAAGAGGAGCAAAGGAAAUUAGACGACGAGAUGGAGAAGAGAAGGAGGAGAGUUCAAGAAUGGCAAGAGUUAAAAAGGAAAAAAGAGGAAACUGAAAGGGAGAAGCUUGGGGUUGAUGGAGGUAGUGAAGAGCCGAAGUUGGGUAAAACGUGGACUUUGGAUGGCGAAUCUGAUGACGAAGAUGCUGAGGGUAAACAACAUGGGAUGGAUAUUGAUAUGGAUGAUGAUAGUGCCAAGGUUAUGGACAUUGAUGAUGGGGCUGGCAAGGCUGUUAGUUCGCCUGUUAUUGAGAAUGGGAAUGAUGGUGUAAAUGAGGGCGAAGAUGAGAUUGACCCGUUAGAUGCUUUUAUGAACUCUAUGGUUUUGCCUGAAGUUGAGAAGCUGAACAAUGCCGUAGACAAUAAUAAUCUUGAUGGUGAAAAUUCCGGUCUUUUGGUAGAGAAGGGCAGCAAAGAAGAAAAGUCGUCUAAGCCUAAGAUGAGCACCAAGAAAACCAUGGGAAGAAUUAUCCCUGGUGAAGAUUCUGAUUCGGAUUAUGAGGAUGAUGUUGAGAAUGAUGGUGAUGAUCCUGUGGUGGAAGAAGAUGAUGAAGAAUUUAUGAAACGGGUGAAGAAAACCAAGGUGGAGAAAUUGUCAAUUGUUGACCAUUCAAAAAUUGAUUAUCCUCCUUUCAGAAAGAACUUUUAUAUAGAAGUUAAGGAGAUUUCAAGAAUGAGUGCUGAAGAGGUUUUCGCUUACAGGAAACAACUGGAAUUGAAGAUCCAUGGCAAGGAUGUUCCGAAACCAAUCAAAACAUGGCAUCAGACGGGACUGUCCUCGAAGAUGCUAGACACUAUAAAGAAACUGAAUUACGAGAAGCCCAUGUCUAUCCAAGCUCAGGCUUUGCCAGUAAUUAUGAGUGGCCGAGAUUGUAUUGGGAUUGCUAAGACAGGUUCUGGUAAAACGUUGGCAUUUGUGUUACCAAUGCUGAGACAUAUUAAGGAUCAGCCUCCUUUGAUGUCUGGUGAUGGUCCUAUUGGGCUGAUAAUGGCACCUACAAGAGAGCUUGUGCAGCAAAUCCAUAGUGAUAUUAAGAAGUUCACAAGAGUGAUGGGUCUCAGUUGUGUACCUGUGUAUGGAGGUUCUGGUGUAGCUCAACAGAUCAGUGAAUUGAAACGAGGAACUGAAAUUGUUGUGUGCACUCCAGGUAGGAUGAUUGAUAUACUCUGUACAAGUGGUGGGAAGAUUACAAAUCUGCGAAGAGUCACUUACUUGGUCAUGGAUGAAGCUGAUCGGAUGUUUGAUAUGGGAUUUGAACCCCAGAUCACAAGAAUUGUUCAAAACACACGUCCGGACCGUCAAACAGUCCUGUUCUCUGCAACUUUUCCUCGUCAGGUUGAAAUACUAGCUCGUAAAGUUUUGAACAAACCUAUUGAAAUACAGGUAGGUGGUAGGAGUGUUGUGAACAAGGAUAUAACACAAUUGGUUGAGGUGAGGCCAGAAAGUGAUAGAUUUCUUCGGCUUCUUGAAUUACUUGGUGAAUGGUACGAAAAAGGUAAAAUUUUGAUAUUUGUUCACACACAGGAGAAAUGUGAUGCUUUAUUUAGGGAUUUGCUCAAGCAUGGUUAUCCUUGCCUCUCCCUUCACGGGGCAAAGGAUCAGACUGAUCGUGAGUCCACCAUAUCCGACUUUAAAAGUAAUGUAUGUAAUUUGUUGAUUGCUACUAGUAUAGCAGCCAGGGGUUUAGAUGUCAAAGAACUUGAACUGGUAAUCAAUUAUGACGUUCCAAACCAUUAUGAGGACUAUGUUCAUCGUGUUGGUCGGACUGGUCGAGCUGGUAAUAAAGGUUGUGCCAUCACUUUCAUAUCCGAAGAUGAUGCAAGAUAUGCUCCUGAUCUUCUAAAAGCUUUGCAACUGUCGGAGCAAGUGGUUCCAGAUGACCUUAAAGCUCUUGCGGAUGGUUUCAUGGUGAAGGUGAAUCAGGGACUUGAGCAAGCACAUGGGACUGGUUAUGGUGGUAGUGGUUUUAAGUUUAACGAAGAAGAGGAUGAAGUGAGAAGAGCAGCCAAAAAAGCACAGGCAAAAGAAUAUGGGUUUGAGGAAGAUAAAUCAGAUUCAGAGGAUGAAGAUGAAGGAAUUAGAAAAGCAGGCGGUGACCACAGUCAGCAGGCUGCCCUUGCUCAUGCUGCUCUUGUUGCUGCUUCCAAAGCGAGUAUGGCUUCAACGGCAACUCCAGUUUCAGCUGGUCAGCUUCCUCCCAAUGGUGGAUUACCUGUUGCAUUGCCUGGUGGACUUGGUAUGAACAUACCAGGUGCUACAGCAGUUGCUGCUGGAAAUGGACUGCCAGUUGGCCCGAAUGAUGUGACAGCCAGAGCAACAGCAUUGGCAGCUGCUUUGAACUUGCAGCAUAACUUAGCAAGGAUUCAGGCUGAUGCAAUGCCUGAACAUUAUGAAGCAGAAUUAGAGAUAAAUGAUUUUCCUCAAAAUGCUCGCUGGAAGGUUACACACAAGGAGACUCUGGGUCCUAUUUCUGAAUGGACAGGAGCUGCCAUCACCACUCGAGGACAGUUUGUUCCACCUGGCAAGUUACCAGGGUUUGGGGAAAGGAAGCUGUACUUGUUCAUUGAGGGACCCUCGGAACAAUCUGUCAAGAGAGCAAAAGCAGAACUGAAACGGACUUUGGAGGACAUCACCAUGCAGGCAUCAUCGCUUCCUGGUUCGGCUCAACCUGGCAGAUACUCAGUUGUUUAACUAGAUACAUGAUUAUUCUCAGUGACCAGCCAUGGUUAGUUCCUCUGCUUUAUGAUUUUAUAAAUCCUGUUAUCAUAAACUUGAAAUUUCAAUUAUCUAGAAGAUUAUUUUGUGGGAUCUCACUGGGUAUGUUGUUGUUGUUGUUGUUGUAUGUUACUUGAUUCCUUUACUGAUAGUACCAUCAAAGCUGCUAUGUGAAUUGAAACUGCCGCAGGGAGAUUACAUAGAGUUGCACAGGAAGAAACAUGGUAUUCAGUCACCCCGACUAAUAUCUUGUUAGGAAAGAAAAACCUGUGGUAACUUUUAUAACACAAUUACUUGAAUUUCUAUUUACGCAUAUGGUAUAGCAGAAUUGCUUGAAUUUCUAUGCAUGAGGAAUCAUCAUAUAGGCACAAGAUUGAUGGCGCUGUUCCAGUAUACCUAAUGGACCAUGAGAUGACUACAAGAGCAAAGGUAUGUUGACUAGAUGCAGUGUUGUCUUUCCAUCUUCUUCAUCGAGUUGGUGGUAAAUGAAAACAGGAACCGACUCUGUACAUUUUUAAAUGUUAAAACCUUCUGCUUUAGAUUCUUAGCAACACUUAAAAAAAGAGAGGAAAGAGAUGCCUUUGCUGAAGGUAAAGUUGGGCUUGUAUUGUCAUUCUCUUGGCUCUUUAUCCUACUUGUUCAAAAGGCCUUAUUCUGUUAUGGUGGCUGUGAAAGUAGUUAUUAAGUGCUGAUUGUAGCAAAUUUAUUGCUCAUAUGAGAUUUACUGAUGCUUAGAAAGUUAAGUGACUAACAGAUGUUUUGUCUGCAGUAACUAAAUAUCGUGCCACUAAAUUGUGACUGCCAUUUCUUCGUUUUAUUCUCUGUUAUAUAUAAGUUAUACAUAUUAUUUCGCAUACCUAAUGACCUCAAUCAGAUCUUUUACAGUGACAAUUUUGUUAGAAAGAAGAAGGUAAAAGAAUAUCAUGAAACAGUGGAGAUAAAAUGCCUUUCUUACAGUCCCGAUAAAUUUCUCUUUUAAAAUUUAGUUACUAAGUCUAGGACUAAGUUUCAAAAUGAUAACUUUUUGCAGUGUUUUUUGACUCUGUUGACUGAAGUGCUCUUUAAUUUUUUUUUUUUCCCCUUAAACAUUGGUAGGGAGACAGUUAGAGGCUUAGAGGUCUAACUGCUGAUACUUCACAGCUAUCAGUUAAGGAACACACUGGAAUUAAGUAUCUUAUGAUAUGAAGAGAGUUACAUUCUAUAUGUUUUUAAAUUAGUAACAACAAGAAUCAAUGACAGAAUAUUUAAGAAAAAAUAUUUGUGGCUCAUGUGAGAGCUAGUAUGUAUUUUUCAUCUUUUCUCCAUCUGUUGCUGCUGUCUUUGAUAAAUGUCAAAUAAUUUGGUGCAGAGAAACGUAUAUAUUUAUAAUAAACGUACUUGAACAUUAAUGUGCGAACGUACUUGAACAUUAAUAGCACGUUAGGGAAAUAAUUGAAUCGACCCAAUUCUAUGAAAGGAGCUAUUUUAAGUUUUUCGGACUAGAUAACAUUUUGCAAUCCUUAAUACAUUCUAUGCACUUGGUUUUCAGAGAGAUGUCAAAAGAGAACCAACUAGGGAAGGUUGGUUUGAAGUUGUUUAUCUCCUUGAAACUUUUAACAGCUAAAUGAGGUUUCUUUUGUUUGGGCACAUGUAGAGGAACAUAAUGCCUUGGCCUUGCAAGAGAUGCAUUCGGUUGCUCUUCUUGAUACGCAGGAGAUGCAUGUGAAUGGUACCUUACUCAAAAAAAAAAAAAAAAAACAAAACAAAAAAACAAACGGAGAUGCAUGUAAGUUUUUAACGAAUCAUAUGGGCCAACAUAGAGUUGUCUGUAAUUUCUUUUUUUGUUGUUUCUUUCUUUGUAUACUUAUCAUAUGGGCCAACAUAGAGUUGUCUGUAAUUUCUUUUUUUGUUGUUUCUUUCUUUGUAUACUUCCCUUCUUAAUGGUCCAAUGUAUAAGUCUAUAGGUGUUAUAACCAAGGGAACCAUAAUUGAUGCAACCUACCUUUUAUGAUGGUACAGCUGAGUGUAUAC